CUCCAGACAGAACAGAAGAAGUGAGCGAGUCGCGAGGCAGAGGACUCAACGGUGUUCCGAACAGUAACAUACCUGUGCACUCUCCGGGCUUUACUAGCAGUCGGAGCGGACUGAGACUGCGAUCUGACGAGCCGCAACACACCGCCUCCGGUUCGCUUCGCAAAGUGAAAGAGAUUUUAUGCGAAAGUUUCCAGGAUUUGUGUAACCUCCCGCGGACGAGAGAGGAAUGAGCGACUUUACGAUGAUAAACUGUUGCCUGAUCCUCAGCGCGUGUCUUCUGUCCAGCCAAGCGGUCUGGAGUCAGCGUGUUCGAGUGGAACCAGAAGUCACUGCGUAUCCAAAUGGAUCUGUCAAUCUGCGCUGUCAGUUCAUCGACAGUGGAACCACCAAACUCACACAGGUUUCGUGGAUGUUUGAACGUGUGGAGGGUGAUAGGCACAACAUUGCUGUGUACCACCCUCAAUAUGGAGCCAGUUUCCCUAAUAAAGACUUUGAGGGCCGGGUAUCGUUCACUCAGGGCUCCCUGGAGAACCCCUCCAUUAGGAUCAGCAAACUGAAGAUGGCUGAUGCUGGCAAGUACAUCUGCGAGUACGCAACUUACCCCAGUGGGAACGAGCAGGGGACUACCACUCUUAUCAUGCUGGCCAGACCCAAAAACUCUGCCACCGCUGUCCCGGUGCAGGCCGGCUCUUCUGAGGUGGUUGUGGCCAGAUGUGAAGCUGCCCAAGGAAAACCAGAGGCCACAAUCUCCUGGAGCACAGCCGUUGCUGGGCGCUAUAAUGACACUGCAGUGCCUGAGAGCGACGGGACGGUCACCGUGAAGAGCGAGUAUCGGAUGAUCCCGACCCCGGCUGAAAACGGGAAAGAAAUCACCUGCGUGGUGAACCAGAGGACGCAGAACGAACCCAAUUCCUUCCCGCUGAAGCUGGUGGUGCAGUAUCCACCCACUGUGACAAUAGAAGGCUAUGACAGUAACUGGUAUAUGGGUCGAACCGAUGUGGUUUUGACCUGCCAAGCUGAUGCCAAUCCAGCACCCACCGAAGUUACCUGGAGAGCGGCAUCGGGUCAGUUGCCGCCUUCGGUACAAGUGGAUCAAAACCGGCUGCUGGUGAAGAAGGUGGACGAAACGGUGAACACCACUUUUGUGUGCGAGGUGAAGAACAGUCUGGGAUCUGGCAAGAAAGAGCUGGUCGUCAUGGUCAUCGAGUCGACUGAAGACCCAUCCAGCGCUGGCAUGGUGGCCGGAGCCAUUCUGGGAAGCUUCUUGGCGCUCGUUUUGGUCAGUGCGUUGGUCGCCUUUUUAGUGAUGAGAAGUCGCCGCCAUCAGCACGGAUAUUCAGGCGACGGCGAACAGGGAGCUUAUGGGAACAAAACUCGUCUUUUUGGAGGCAAGAAGGCUAGCAAGAAUGGUGCAGGAUCCAACAACAAUGGGCCGAUCUAUACGUACCGCGAAAGCGAGCCGGGCGCCCUGACGGAGAAAAGCAACGAGUUCCCGCGCAUGACUGGAAGCACGCCAACCGCCCAUGACAUCCUGCUGAGCGGCGAGUUGAACGAGGCUGAGCGCAGGAAGUUUGACGCCCUCAAUGACAGCCUAGAUGAUGAAGAAGAGGACGAAAGGUACGACCGUUUCAGCGGGCUGUCGCCCAGCUACCAAAUCCACCAGCACAAAGACGAGUGCACACUUUAUCUGGACGACGACAUGGAGUCCCAGCGAGACGGGUCCAUCAUCUCCCGGACUGCCAUUUACGUCUAGAGGAAACAGAUAAUACACCUGACUGAUAUUCACUUGACCUUUUAAAACAAAAAGACAGAAACUUGCCAUCUGAGGAGCGGAAGCAGAACAGUUAAUGUCACAUCUGUAGAUGAAAGCACUCAUUAUCAAACUGAAAACACAAAUUAAUGCUACUCCCCUCAUGAUGUGUACUUUUAACUCAUAAUACUGACUGAAAAUAAGAGUGAUUUUGUUGUUGUGUAACUGUUGUUGUGUAACUUGGUGUUAAUGCCCAUUCUAGCCAGAAUCCAUCUUUCGUGGUUGAUUCACUCCCAUGAGCACUAAAUCAAGUUGGCUCUUUGAAGUGAAAAGAAAGCCCAGUGAUUAAGCAUGGAGGACUGUCAAUGCUACGUCGCACGAGUGGCGCAGCAAGCUGUGACCUGGAAGCCAAGGCCGCUCUCUCCAGGUUGCAUACAUCAGGCUUCUUUUAUCACAGCCCGGGAAUGUCGUCUUCGAGAACAGCUGGAUGUUUUGUUUGGCGAAACAGAGAACGUCAAUGUAGUGCUCGCUCCAGCAUCUGGGUCAUUCAUCUGUGCCACCGAUCAACUCCAGCUGUGAACGAUUUUAACUUUCCCCUACUAUUUUUUUAGCUCUCGUUUAUUAAUUGGAUGUCUUGUUACGCUAAAGGAAUUUUCUGAAUGACUCGAGGGGUUCUAGGCAGAGGCGCAAUAGUGUUUUUGUUUGUUUCCUCCGUUCUCUCCUGUCAACCUCUGCAGAACGGUUUGUUCCGGGCCAUGUUUAAUUCAGAAGAGUGUUGUGCAUUUUUGGCUGAUGCAUGUUUUUUCCCAACCCCUGAUUAAUCCAGUUAUAUCAAAACCAUGUGACACAACAUCUAAAAACUGCAGACAGGAGCUCGACUAGCUACAGCGCACGAAUCCUUCCAGGAGGAAACAGGCUUGGAGUCAAUACUGCAUCUUCACUAAAACUGAUUAAGUAGAUUAAUGCACAUCGCAGAUUGGCAGCAAAGGCUGGGCCUUGAGAGAAACACAACUGAUGUGCCUUUGAGUGUGGGA